CCCCAGAGCCGUGACGCCGCCGAAGAAGAAGAAAGGACUCGGAGGGAGGAAAAAAGCAGCGGAGCAGUUUCUCCUGUUUACAACAACAUAAUGGAGCCAAAAUGGACACAUUCCGUCUGCACGCGUGUUUUACUGACUGGAUUUACGCUGUGUGUUGUACUAGUCACGAAACCCACGUCUGCAAUCGACAUAUACGCCGACGCUGAGGUGAUGAUGCAGAACGGCACCACGGGGGUUCUUCGCUGCACCUUCAAGUCCAGUCAAGUGGUCAGUAGCGGCACCUCGGUGACCUGGAAUUUUCAGUCAAGUCAGCCCGAUAAUAAGUUCUCCAAAGCACCGUACGUGAUUUUCUACUUUUCGCACGGGAAAGGGUUCCCGGGAGCGCCCGAGUUCAAAGACCGACUGCAGUUUAUCGGGGACAUGAACAAAAGGGACGUUUCUAUACAGCUGAGUCCGGCUCUGUUCAGUGACAACGGCACCUUCUUCUGUGACGUGAAGAACCCGCCAGACAUAAUGGGAACACCGGCUCGAACGGAGCUCAGGGUCGUUCUGAAAGAGUCUUUCACUCAGAACAACACCCACAUGAUAAUUGCAAUCGUGGGUGGAGUUUUAGUUCUGCUCGUCCUCAUCGCUGUGGGUGCCUGCAUCGCCAUGAGGGUGCUUCACAACCGCCACGAUUACGGAUGUACGUCCUUGGAAAGCAUGAGCUCUCAGGCUCCGCAGCCACGAAAGAAGGUGGAGUCGGGCCUGGAGGGCUCCAAGAGUACCAUUCCCCUGGGUCCACUACAGGGCCCGGUGAUAUACGCCCAGCUGGAUCACUCGAACAGCAAAAACUCGUUCCAUAAGAUGGAGCCAGUCGUCUAUGCUGACAUUCGUAAAAACUGAAGAGGAACAGGGGACCAGAAUAUGAAAAAAAUGAAAAAAACAGAUGAAAAUCACAGUAAAGUAUCAGACCUCUCUAUCAGCUGCUCUUGGGAAGGGUGGGAUUAUUUCAACAGGGACAUAACCGGUGCAGUUUCUUUUAUUUGUAUCUCUCAUCCUCCGAACGCAUGACGCCGCUACGUGAUAACAUAAUGUCUCCAUGUGCUUUAUCGUAAAGACAUGAACGGCAAAGAAGCGUCCUCGUGGACACCACAACACUACAUCACUCCAUCACAUCAGCCUGGAGGUCGCUCUCCAAACACAGGGAUCAAAGUGAAAAUCCAAAUAUGAUUCCACACGUGUGUCUAGAUAUGUUGUUAAAGUCAGAAGGUUCUGCAAACUGUUGCACCAGCCGAACACGAGUUUGAGCCUUUACGCGUCACGGCUACAGUCACGUGACCGAACGAGCACAUCCAAAAAGAGAAUAUCAACGUUUUUUUAAAAAUAUAUUUGUGCAUAAUUUAUCCUUUUUUAUAACGUAUCAUUUAGUGAACUAGAAUAUCAACCGAUGUAAAACUCCCCCCUCGGCUUCAGAAGCUCACACGGCCUGUUUUACAGAAAUAGCUUCUUGUAGGUGUUUUUGCAUAACUGUCCAUCAGUCACACUCUGGGCUGCUGGAAAUUUACUUCCAUGCAAAACACCUUCAGCUGCAGGACGUUUUAUUUAUUGUCUACGGCCCAAAAACCUUCCUCUGACUCUGACAUUGUUCAAGUUUAAGACAAAUGUUGUUUCUUCGGGGGAAAUCACACAGUUCCAAAGGGGAUCAAGUGUUUGCUUGUUCAAAUUUAAGUAAAAAAAGAAUCGUUUCCCGGACUGUUAGUAUUUCUUUACUAAAUCAAUGGUUGUUAAAUUAUUUUGGCAGAAACUGACAUUUUAUUUCAGGGCUGCAUUUAAAUGAAAUGGGAGAGAAAACCACUACAAACAAUGAAUCCUGUCACAUGUGAAGUAGCUUCAGGACGCAGCGCCCAUCCGACCAACACCACUUCAUCAUUCACCAGUUGGCUGAGGCCGGUACGACACGCGGCUGUGGUCAUAAACUGCAAAAACAUCAUCAACAGUAAAGACGGGUCUCAUUCGAUGUGAGAAAACAAAUCUAUUGAGGAAUAUAGUCCAUUUUUAUUUAAAACAAAAAGUCAGUUUGGGACUAAAUUCAGUUUUAUUUACAGCCAGGCCGAUAUUGAUUUUGUAAAUUAGGAAGUAAAAACAUUUUUGAUAUAAAAACGUAAAUACUGGCAACGAUUAUGUUUAUUCUGUAAGAUAAGAACCUUUCAUAUCAGCAAAUGUCUUUUGAAAGACUCGUUAAGUUAUUUGAAUCAGCCGACAUCAUAUGAAACAAACUCUUCAGUGACCGUCACAUUAGUGAGAAAGAAAAUGUCUCUUCUCGUCUUCAAGCUGGUGCAACAGUGAACUGAAACCACAGCUCACUUCAUCUCAGUUCGAUUUCCAUUGCCUUCAGUAACCUUGCAUGCAGCUCUAAUAACAUCUACCAGCUAAGUUUGGUACUCUUCAAGUGUAGUUGUGACGCAGCAGCAGAAGAAGCCGCCCGGCGUCGUGUUGCUGUGAAUGCUUCGGUUCUCCUGUAAACUUCCGGCAUGUUGUUAAGGUACCUUUUUUUUUAAUUAAAAAAACAAAAAACACUGCCUCCUUUUUGAUUUUCACUUCAGUUGAACACGUUUCUGCUUUAAACAACUUUCUGUUUGUCUUAAUUUGGAAAAAAACAUGGGCAAGUUUCUGAAUUAUCUGCAUGGUUAUAGGUGUAAUUUUUGAAUAAAAGAUCAUCUUUUAAUCUUGAGCGAUUUCCAAAAGAUGCACGAUGAAAAUAAAUGUUCAACUGAGGUGAAACGUCUCCUCCUAUGAAAACAUGGGAGCUCUUAUUUGUUGGACUCAAUAAAUGCUAAAUACACUGUUUGCAUGCAACUUACUAACAGAACAAUCAUUAUUAUGGGAAUAUGCGUAUUUCUUUCCUCAUCUACAUGUCAUGUUAAGCUCUUUUUUUUUAUUAUUAUUUUAAACUAAUGGGCCAAAUAUCUGACAGUUAUAUUAGGUAAGUUCACCUCAGAUGCUUUUAAGCUUUAAAAUGCAUUCCAAAUUAGAUUUUCUUUUUUUUUGUCUUGACGCGUUUAAAAGCCAAAAUUUCCAUGUUGUUAUUUCUCUUUUCGUUUUAACGGUUUCGGUUGCAUAUGAAAAAUAUGUUUUUGUGUCGCGACCAGUCCAAAUGCCUUCAGCUUCAGCUUGUGAUUUCCGAAUGCAGUAACACGUCCUUGCUGACCAGUACUUGUAUAUAUUUCCUGCUCGUGUAAGAUAUAGUGCCGUUUACUGUAACUCAUUCCAGUGUGGUAUGGCUGUGGAUGUCUUUCCAGGGAAGGAAAGUUGUUUGCUGUAGAGGUCUAGAGAGUUGGUGGCAUGCUUGAUGUAUUUUUCCCUUUUUUCUUCUAAGUCUUAAUUAUGUGUCAGCGGACGCUCCAACGUAUACAGCGCCUGCAGGGAGCGUUGAACCUGUCGGCUCAAAAUGACUUGAAUCAAAACCUUCUUCAGUCGACUGUUUGUAGAGAAAAACACACCAAACUAACGUGUCGCAUUAAAUCCAAAAGAUCUAUUGCUUGAGUAAUAAAAGAAGAUGCAUGAUAGAACAUAUCUAUCGUGACAGUGACCUAAGACUGUAGCCAUGUUUGCUGUGAAGCUCAAACACAAUCAGUGGAUAGAACGGAGCUUUAUUCUCCUUCAGCAAUGACAGAAAUGUCUUUAUCUGUCCACCAUCAAUAAAAAUCAAUAAACACAAUGCAAAAAAACCAACAAUUUACUGCACAAAUAAUAAGAUAUUGUGUGCACGAGUUGAUAUGUAGAUAAAAAGGAAGAGAGAAACUUGAUAUUUUGUAGAUUUUCUUUCACCAUGUGCUAACGCUAUCGUGCUGCAAUAACGGGGGCCUGAUGUUCUUCAGCGAUGAUGCUAACAUGCUAGCGUUGAUGCCACGUUUAAGUCGCAUCAUUUUAAACCGUGAUCAAAAGCAGCUCAGCGGGGGGGAAAAAACCCACCUCAAAUGUACCGCUGUCUGUGACGUUAAAACAAAAUCCAGGAACAACAUUAACGAUUCAUUCGGAACUGUAACGCAACAAAAGAAGCUAAUAUUGGCUAAACAGGUUUAUCGGACUACGGGGUUAGGACUGAGGCUAAGGCUUAAGUCGGAAUAUCGCUUAACUUGAUAUCGUGAGAACUUGUGAAACUUGAGCGUGUGUUUGGGUGUGGUUACAAAUAUCACACCUGUAACCACACCCACUAGUGAUGUCACGGUGUAGUGGCCCCACCCUGAAGUACGCUGCAGGGAGAGAAGUUCGGAGGUUUUGCGUAAUCAGGAUUUUUCGGCUGCUGCAGAGAUUCUCUGUAACUCGCAUCAGUUGUAAAAUUUAGUUUCUUUACGGAUCAUGCUAGCAUUUAGCGUGUUAGCAUGAUACGUUAGCAAUAAUAGCUGAGACUCACGGAAGUGCUGUGAUUUGUUUUGGGGCUAAUGAAUUAAGUUAGACCAGAAAUUAGCAAGCAUGCUAUGUCCCCCUAUUUAUCAUUUAUAAAGGUUAACUCAAAGCUUUAAUCGUGUUUAUUAAUAGAAUCAUGUAAGUUAUAAUUUCUGACAAAUACUGCGAAUUAACCCUUUGAUACACAAGCUGUGCAAACUCCUAACGCACAACAUGGGUGAGAAAUGAACCAUAUUCAUUUCCUGUUAUUUCAUGCAUAGCUGAGUGUAUGUUAAAAAUAAAAACAAUGAUUUGUGAUGAUCAAAAACAAGUAGUAAGUAAUACCUGAAAAUAAUAUUAUAUAAAAUAAUUAAUUUACUGCAAAGAUAUAGGAAAUAAAAAGGGAGUCGGGUCACUUUUAACCCACGUUAUGUAUCAAAGGGUUUGUAAACACUUCAGAUGCCUUAAUAUUUGGUCACAGUUAAGUCGAGAGGAGUUAGUGAGAAGUUAAAACGUUUCUUUUUACUGUAGGUGGCGCUAAAGGUCAAGAAUGAUGCGUACGAAUAUGAAUGUCAGUACCAAACAUCGAGUCAGAGCCACAUUGUGCUUUUCAAAUGUGGAAAUAUUUUUUUGUAAAUAAAUAUUUUCCAUUUUACACUUUACAUUUUACACUUGUGUCUUAAAAUGUAGUCAGUUGUUAUUUUUGUUCACUAAGUUCUCUGCGUCGCAGUUAAAUACUCAUAUUUAAACACUCCAUAUGUUAAACACUCCAUAUUUAAACACUACAUAUUUAAACACUCCAUAUGUUAAACACUCCAUAUUUAAACACUACAUAUUUCCAUACGUAAACUUUCUGACUGAAGAAAAUCUCGAUUCAUUUUGUUUUGCCUGGUUCUCUGCCGCUCGGCGCUGCAGGCGCUGUGUAGCCUUCCAGACGUGUCCCUUCUCUAACGUCUCGUGUUAGUUUCUGUUUGUUACUUUAUUAGCUAGCAUGUAUUUCAACGUAUUCACCAAAAAAACAAGACAGAAAACAAACCUGUAUGAUACCGACGAACCUUCACUGCUGGUCACUUUGCUCCUGUUCCGUGACUUGUUGCCGUGUUCUAGUGCUGUCGUUAGAAAUUGUGAUGUAAACUAUAAAUUAUGAACAAUUUCCAAUCUGACCGAGCUCACGCAACGUUUCGGGGGAUUUCGAGUGAAUACACACGCUGCCACGUUCACUCCGCUCCCGACGAGUCUUAAAGUGCGUACUUAGUGUCUUUCGAUGGUAAAUAGUUGUGUGUUAUUUGAGAGUUGUUUGGUAUGUUUUGUUGUAAAACCUGCACUAUGUCUUGCGUAUCAAAGACAACAAAUGCCCUGUGAUUUUUGUUUUUGUUUUUCGUUCAUCUCCGAGUGACCUUGGCCUCUGUUUAACGUCCUUAAAACUGGAAUGUUGUACAUUUAGUGCCUUUUACAUUUCAUCAGCUAACUUGAACAUCUGCUCAAAAUAGAAAAGAUAAGAUUCAUUUAUUUUACUUUUAUUGUAUGUAUUUUUUUAUACACAUAUCGCCUCUGUAUCCACUGUUCAAAUUUUAUAUAAAACCUAUUCCUGGCCAAUUA